AGAUAUGGUUUGGCUCUGUAUUUAUAGAAAUUCUUCCUCUUCCAUUUUCCUUUUUACAUCUCCACAGAUACCUCAACUACAAAGUUAUCUUGGAACAGUGCAGAUUAUUGGAGGUAUAUUCUAUGAUAAUCAUAGUACGACUGGAAAUUCCGAGGUGGUUGUUUAUGAUGAUAACAAAGCUAUCUACAUAGAUCAAAUAAUGGCUUGCGCAAAAGAAAACUUCCUCACAAACAUCCGAUCUUACAACUUAACCAUAAAACACAGCAUGUCUAGAUGUUCUCCAAUCGCUUCUCUCGAGUACAUUGUGGAAAAUGGUGCACCACAACGUUUUGAGACCCCAGCAAGUGGACUCUGCCUCAGUGCACCGUAUCGAACGAUUCAAUCAAUUUUCAUCCGUUGCCUUGUUGUCACAUUACUGACAAAUGACAUUGGUUUCUAUUUUCAAUUCAAGACAAAAGACAUAAAAAGCACGUUUGUGGCUGGGGAUGCUGCAGUAAUCACUGGAUAUUGGAUAGCAGACCAAUCUACACAAUAUUUAACGACAACUGAAACAGAUAUUGCUACGUCUGUGAGAAGUGUCUCUUCAAAUAGCAUCGUAUCUACUUCAGGAAAUCUCACGAAGCUGGAUUUUAAUACGACUUUAAAUGAUUUAAUGACUACUAUGGCAUCUUCAAAUCUUACCGAAAAAACAUUGGGACCUGGGACUACAGGAUAUAUAACAGCAGAUAGCAUGACCUCGUCAGACAAAAUAUCAACUUCUUCAGAAGAAACUGCUGUCGAAACCACGGCAAUAAUGACCGCAAGUUCACAAUUGAUGCUUUCUUCGUUUACAACAGCAACAUCUACAUCAGAGUCAAUAACAGCUGCAUCGUCAACAGCAUACCAAAGCAAUACCACAGAAUACUCAAAUAGCACUACAACAAAUUACAAUGAAGUGGACAUAUAUAGCACACAGACAACAAUAGAGGAGGAAACAAUACUCGUGGGAUCAUGUGUCUGUAAAUGUACAGGAUCUGGUUACAAGUGGACAAAGGAAGAGCUAGCUGAAAGAAUACUCCAAAGAAAAACAGAAUCUCAACUGAUUCGAAAGAACCUCACAGCAUAUUACAGAAGCUUGACCUCGGCAAUUGACCAGCGAAUUUCGUCCCAAUGUAUUGGUUAUAUAGGAUCAGUCAUACUGAUUUCAUUUCUUUGUGUGCUUAUUUUUUGUGAUUUUCAAAGGUUCUGGUAUUUAUUGGUAAAAAGCGAGACAUGUUAAAAUCCGAGCUGAUUCAGUUUAAAUUAUUAUCAUUCGAAUUUCUCUUGCAUUCAUCCUUACAAACAUGCAAUAAUGAGGAGUUAACAUUAAAUAUUGUUUGUAAAUUUGAAAGCGGUUAACGUUGUUAGUUUGCAACAAAGUAUAAUCUAAUAGGUAAUAGUGCUGAUAUGUAACAUAAUCAAUGAACUUUAAAAUGUUCUUUAGAAUUUUAAUUCUGUUAUAAACUUGUAUUGAAAACAUCUACGGUAU